AUGCCUGGAAUUGAUCUCAACGGUUCAAAUGGCACAAACGGCCUGCACCUCCGUAGACCAAACCGCUUCCUCAUCUGGGGCGGUCGCGGCUGGAUAGCCGGCCUUCUGAAAGAUCUCCUCCUCCGCCAAGGCAAGGAAGUCUACACCACAACUAUCCGCAUGGAAGAUCGCGAGAACGUCGCCAAAGCACUUGAGGUCUACAAACCGACGCACGUUCUUAACGCUGCGGGCUGUACAGGUCGACCUAACGUCGAUUGGUGCGAAGACAACAAGGCGCAGACUGUCCUUUCGAAUGUCAUUGGGACUUUGACGGUUGCGGAUGAGUGUUCUCGGCGAGGGAUUCACUGUACUGUAUUUGCGACGGGGUGUAUUUAUCAGUAUGAUGAGGAGCAUCCUGUUGGGGGUAGGGGAUUUAAGGAGACUGAUGCUCCGAACUUUGAUGGGAGCUUCUACUCUAUGACGAAGGCUCACGUUGAACCAAUCUUGGCAAGCUUUGACAACAUCUUGAUUCUCCGCCUUCGCAUGCCAGUAAGCGACGAUCUCAACCCCCGAAACUUCGUCACCAAGAUCUCCCAGUACAAAUUCGUAGUCGACAUACCCAACAGCAACACCAUUCUUCACGAUCUACUCCCUGCAUCAAUCAUCCUGGCUGAGAACAGAGAUACUGGGGUUUACAACUUUACAAACCCCGGUGCCAUCUCACACAAUGAGGUGCUCGGCUUGUUCAAGGAGAUUGUUCGACCGGUGUUCACGUGGAAGAACUUUAGUGUUGAGGAGCAGGCCAAGGUGAUCAAGGCUGGACGGAGUAAUUGUCAGUUGGAUAGUACUAAGUUGGUGAAGAGGAUGAAGGGGUAUGGUUAUGAGAUUCCUGAGGUACACGAGGCGUACAGGCAGUGUUUUGAGAGGAUGAAGGCUGCCGGCAUCCAGUAA